AUGGCACGACGCAUUGACGUUCAUCAUCAUUAUCUUCCCCCUGCCUACCUCAAAGCUCUCGAGGCGGCUGGCGGCGAUCCCUCUGGAUUUCCCACCCCAUCGUGGUCCAUUGAUGCUGACCAACAGCUUUGCAAUGACUGUGGCAUUGAAACGGCCAUCUUAUCAGUCACUGCACCGGGUGCAGGUAUCUUAAAAGGGGCCGAGUCUGCCCGGCUGGCGAGAGAAUGCAACGAGUUUGGCAAGGCCCUAAAGGAUGAAUUCCCUCAGAAAUAUGGGUUUUUUGCUGCGCUGCCCGAUAUUCUCGAUACGCACGCGGCUUUGGAAGAGAUUCGAUAUGCCCUCGAUGAGCUGCAAGCCGACGGAGUAACCCUUUUCACCCGCUAUGGAGAUGCCAACUACUACCUCGGUCACCCUGAUAUCCGCCCGAUCUGGGAGGAGCUUGAUCGGCGCGCCGCAGUGGUCUUUGUCCAUCCAACUCAUGCCGUGGAUACGAACCUCGUCAACAGGAUGCUUCCACAGCCUUUUAUCGACUAUCCGCACGAGACCACUCGAACCGCGGUCGAUCUGAUCACGACGGAUACGGUCCGCACGUACAACAACUGCAAAAUUAUUCUCUCUCACGGCGGAGGUACCUUGCCUUAUCUGGCUCUGCGUCCAGCGAUUGCCUUGAAGGACACCAGGCUCUCGGGCAUGACACGCGAGCACUUUCUGGAAAAUGCACGAAUGUUUUACUAUGACCUGGCGCUGACGGAUGCAACCUUUGCUCUGCCACUUCUGCAAAAAUUCGCUUCACCGGAUCACAUCCUCUAUGGGAGUGAUUUUCCAUAUGCACCCACCACUUCCAUCAAGUUUUUCAGUAAGGACCUGGCUGAAGCCAAUAUUUCGGAGGAAGCAGCGGACAAAAUGAAUUAUGGUAACGCGCUGAAGUUGUUCCCUCGCCUGCGCACUGUGUGA